AUGCCAGCCAUUGGAAUAGAUCUGGGUACCACAUACUCGUGUGUCGGCGUGUGGCAGCACGGCAACGUGGAGAUCAUCGCCAACGACCAGGGCAACCGCACCACACCAUCCUAUGUGGCCUUCACGGACACGGAGCGCCUCAUCGGAGACGCAGCCAAGAACCAGGUCGCCCUCAACCCCAGCAACACGGUGUUCGACGCCAAGCGACUGAUCGGAAGGAAAUUCGACGACCCCAAGAUCCAGGCAGACAUGAAACACUGGCCCUUCAGGGUGGUCAGCGACUGCGGCAAACCGAAGAUCCAAGUGGAGUUCAAGGGUGAAACUAAACGGUUCGCGCCCGAGGAGAUCAGCAGCAUGGUGCUGACGAAGAUGAAGGAGACGGCGGAAGCUUACCUCGGCACGACAGUACGCGACGCGGUGAUCACAGUGCCGGCGUACUUCAACGACUCCCAGCGCCAGGCCACCAAGGACGCGGGAGCCAUCGCCGGGCUGAACGUGCUCAGGAUCAUCAACGAGCCCACAGCCGCUGCGCUCGCGUACGGCCUCGACAAGAACCUCAAGGGCGAGAGGAACGUCCUCAUCUUCGACCUCGGCGGCGGAACGUUCGACGUGUCGAUCCUGACCAUCGACGAAGGUUCGUUGUUCGAAGUGAGGGCGACGGCGGGCGACACGCAUCUCGGAGGCGAGGACUUCGACAACAGAUUGGUGAACCAUCUCGCGGACGAGUUCAAGCGCAAGUACAAGAAGGACAUGCGCAUGAAUCCUCGCGCACUGCGCCGCCUCCGCACAGCCGCCGAGCGCGCUAAGCGCACGCUGUCGUCCAGCACCGAAGCCAGCAUCGAGAUCGACGCGCUCUACGAGGGAAUCGACUUCUACACUCGCGUGUCCCGCGCGCGCUUCGAAGAGCUCAACGCAGACCUGUUCCGAGGCACCCUCGAGCCGGUCGAGAAGGCACUCAAGGACGCCAAGAUGGACAAGAGCCAGAUUCACGACGUCGUCCUGGUCGGAGGCUCGACCAGGAUCCCGAAGGUACAGAGUCUGCUGCAGAACUUCUUCUGCGGCAAGAAGCUGAACCUGUCCAUCAACCCGGACGAGGCGGUCGCGUACGGCGCGGCCGUCCAGGCGGCCAUCCUGAGCGGCGAGCAAGACUCGAAGAUCCAGGACGUGUUGCUGGUGGACGUGGCCCCUCUGUCCCUCGGCAUCGAAACCGCCGGCGGCGUGAUGACGAAGAUCAUCGAGCGCAACAGUAAGAUCCCGUGCAAGCAGUCGCAGACGUUCACCACGUACUCGGACAACCAGCCGGCGGUCACGAUCCAAGUGUACGAGGGCGAGCGAGCGAUGACCAAGGACAACAACCUGCUGGGCACGUUCGACUUGACUGGCAUCCCGCCCGCGCCGCGUGGCGUCCCUAAGAUCGACGUCACCUUCGACCUGGACGCGAACGGCAUCCUCAAUGUGUCGGCCAAAGAGAACAGCACCGGCCGAAGCAAGAACAUCGUGAUCAAGAACGACAAGGGACGCCUGUCGCAGGCCGAGAUCGAGCGCAUGCUCGCCGAGGCCGAGAAGUACAAGGACGAGGACGAGAAGCAGAGGCAGCGCGUAGCGUCUCGAAACCAGCUCGAAUCGUAUGUGUUCAGCGUGAAGCAGGCGCUGGACGAGGCCGGAGACAAGCUCACGGAACAGGACAAGAGCACGGCGAGAGACGCGUGCGACGACGCGCUCAAGUGGCUCGACAACAACACGCUGGCGGAGCAGGAGGAGUAUGAGCACAAGCUGAAGGACGUGCAGCGCGUCUGCUCGCCCGUCAUGGCCAAGAUGCACGGGGCGGGCGCAGGCGCACAGAAUGCAGGCGGUAUGCCUGGUGGCAUGCCCGGAGGUAUGCCUGGUGGCAUGCCCGGAGGUAUGACUGGUGGCUUUGGAGGAAUGCCUGGUGGCAUGCCUGGAGGAAUGCCUGGUGGCAUGCCUGGAGGAAUGCCUGGUGGCAUGCCUGGAGGAAUGCCUGGUGGCUUUGGAGGUAUGCCUGGCGGAUACGGAGGCUACCAGCAGAAUAGUGGGCCAACUGUGGAAGAAGUCGACUAA